AUGCUUCGGGGUCCUGGGGCCGAGGGCGGUGGUCAUGGCAUGGCGUCGGCGAGCGAUUGUGCGAACUGCUUCGCGGCGCGCGACAGCAGGUGCGAGCUGGGGGCCCAGUGCAAGAUUCUGGACAAGGCGUGCGGGGCCAAGUGCGAGGACGACGCAGCGGUCCGCGGCCGCCUCCGCGCCGACUGGGAGGUCGCCGAGGCGGAGAAGAGCAGAAACAGCGGGCUGGCGACUUCGCUGCGGCCUGCGAUGACUUGCUUCUCCUUCGCGAGCGACCAGAUGCCGAUGCGCCCCCUGGUCUGCCGCGUGGCGCGGGAGUUCAAGUCGUCAGACCAGCGCGUGUCCCUGAUGGAUGCGAAGCGCAUCCGGUCCGAGGCGCAGUUGAAGCCCGCC